AUGGUCGGCGGUUCGGGCGGUUCGAGCGACCAGCGGAAGAGCAGAAGCUUAGAUCCAUAUGACGAUGAAAGCGACAUUCACGAAAGCCGUUCCGCGGUCUCUCACAGCAAUUACGAGAGCCGAUACGAGGUGUGGCGGAAUUACGAGAGCGGGGUCGAUGUAGACGGCGGGGGAGUGGCGGACGUGCGGCGAGCGCCGGAAGAGGAGGCGGUGGGGGUGUUUGCGGGGGAGCAGGGGAGGGGCGGAGGCGGAGUAGCGGGGGAAGCAGGUGGGGAUGCUGCGCGGCGGUCAGCGCUGCUGGAGCAAAUAUUGUCCGCCAAUCUGCGCCUCUCCGCCUUUGCACAGGGCUCCGACGCAGCCCCUGAACCCCCUGUACAACCGUCCGUUUCUCCCCCUAGUCCGCCCCCACCUUCGCCUUCCCCCCCGCCAGCUGCGCCAAACACAUCAUCCCCGUCAUCCACGCCAUCGUCGUCCCGUGAGUGUGCCAAAGCCGAGAUUGUCUCCACGUGGCAGCAGCCAGCACUCACUUAUCGUUGUCGACCCACGAAGCUUGGUCCAUCCGUCCACAUAUCCACUCUGCGUGUAUUCGAUUUUGUCACAUGCGUUACAGCCACUCUGUCCACGGCAGCCAUCAUUGGCAUUGCUGCGGGCGGCAUCGCCCUCCUCUGCGCCACCGUCGGGGCCAUCCUCACUAUCUUCCUGUGCGCUCUCAAGAAACAGCGCAAAGCUAAAGAUGCCCCUCCGCCCAUCACACCCAACAACCCUUACUACGACCCUGAGGUAGCAGCAGCCGCUGCAGCAGCAGGAGCCAUGGCCGCUGCAGGAGCAGGAGCAGUAGCAGCAGGAACAGGAUCAGGAGCAGGAUCAGCGGCAGGGUCAGUAGCAGGUUCGUCAGGCACACCAAUGGUGUGCCAGCAGUAUCCGUUUGACCUGAUCAGGCAGGUCACGGAGGACUUUUCAGAGACGCGCAGGAUUGGCAGCGGCGGGUACUCGGAUGUGUACCGAGCCGUUGAUCCCAUGGACCCCACGGUGCUGUGGGCGGUGAAGCGGGCGAAAGUGAUCACCAACGACUUUAAGAGAGAGAUCAACGAGAUGGCAUCGAAGCACCAUCCGAACCUGGUGCGGCUGCUGGGGUUCUGUCUGGACAUGGAUGUGGUGAACGAGCGCACCGAGCAGAUCCUCAUCUACGAGUACAUGCUCAACGGGGACCUCGAGACCUGGGUGGGGCCAGAUGCGCCCAGGUUUCUCACGCUCUCCCAGCGAUUUGCCAUCCUAAUCGGCGCAGCGCACGGGCUGGAGUAUCUGCACAGCUUUGGCAUCGUGCACCGGGACAUCAAGCUUGCCAACAUCCUGCUGGACCGCCACAUGCACGCCAAGGUCGCCGACUUUGGCCUCGUGCGCAUGGGCGAGGGCACCUCCGUCGGCACCACCCGCAUCCUCGGCACGCCCGGCUAUGUCGACCCCGCUUAUUCCCGCACCCGUAGGGCGACAACAGCGACCGAUGUGUACAGUUACGGGAUUGUGAUUCUGGAGGUCAUGACCGGGCAGAGGGCGAUGAUGGGCUCAGGUGAACGACAAAUCAACAUCAAGGACUGGGCUGAUCAUCAUGUGCUUGCUCGUGACGCUAACAGCCUCAAAGACCCUCGCCUGGACAUUCCGAUACCCGAUGAUCUCACGCUGCGUAUUGCUCGAUUCGCCCUCACCUGCACUUCUCUUCCCACGGCAAAUCGCCCGACCAUGAGCCAGAUAUACACUGAACUAAAGAAAAUGAAGCAGGAAUGUUUUGGAGUCGAGGAGAACGUAGCUGCCAAUCUGGUGGAUGCGGAAAUUUCGAGUGUUGUAAAAGAAGCUGCUAUUCCACUUGAUGAGCAGAUAGCUCAGAUCGGUGAGCUUGCAUCAGAUGCUUCUAGCAUGGGAGCUUGGAGAUCUAACCCAUCUGGGUCUGGAGUGUCUAUCUAA